UUCUCGCUGCUAUUACCUGGCAAACCUAACCUUGAAAAUUCUCUAGAAUCAAUGAGUAAGUGAGAGAUUCAGAUUAUGUCGAUCCGAUACCGAACGCUUUGACGUUUCGAUCGACGCGAUUGGAACAUGGGUUUAUUUGGAAAAUCGCAGGAAAAAAAUCCUAAGGAAAUGGUUAGUUGCUGGGCUCACAAGUUGAGGAAGGAAGGCUAUCAGCUCGAUAGACAGGUUAGAGCAAUUCAGCGAGAGGAAGAAAAAGUUAAACGUUCCUUAAAGGAAGCAGCAAAGAAAGGAGAUAAAGAUGUGUGUAAAAUCCUUGCAAAAGAGAUUAUAAGAGCUCGUAAAUCUUGCAAUAAGAUUUAUACUUCCAAGGCACAUUUAAAUUCUGUGUCAUUGCAAAUGAAAAAUCAGUUGGCAACAAUCAGAGUUGCUGGGUCAGUCUCUAAAUCCACAGAAGUGAUGCAAGCAAUGCAAUCAUUAAUAAGAGUACCAGAAGUGGCCGCAACUAUGAGAGAAAUGUCAAAAGAAAUGAUGAAGGCAGGUAUUAUUGAGGAAAUGUUGGACGAAACGAUGGAUUCUAUUGAGGAUUCUGAGGAUAUGGAGGAUGAAGCUGAUGAAGAAGUUGAUAAGAUUUUAUGGGAAGUUACAGCUGGCCAAUUGGGUACAGCUCCUGCAGUUGUUACAGAGAAUCCUGGAAUUCCUUCUACCUCUGCGGAAGAGGAAACAGAAGAUGAUGACAAAGAACUUGAAGAGAUGAAAAACCGAUUGCAAAGUCUUCGUAGUUAGAUAAAUAAUUAAAUAAUCGAAAGAUAUUUGUAUUAUACAAAUUUCAGGGAAAUAAGUAAUAAGUCUUAAUAAUAACUUUAUUAAAUAAAUAACACGAGUUGUAAGUAGUAGCACUUGCUUAUUUAUCGUAAUGUUAUUUUGCUAUUUAAUGUAAAUAUUGUAUUAUCACAAUGUAGAUACUACUUCGCUUUGUAGAGCAUUAUAAUCAUUGUAUAUCUAUUUUUCAUUA